AUGGCGCCAGAGGCCCCAGCGGAUACCGCAGGCCCGUCCUCCCCACCACCUCAACUUCCAGAGGGCUGGCUCCCUCAAUGGGAAGGUGUCGGACGGAAAUGGUAUUACGUACAGCGGACGACUGGGAAGUCGCAAUGGGAAAUUCCGACCGAACCGAUAGUUUUGACCCCGUCAACAACACCGACACCGAGCGGGGCAGGGCCAUCACAGGAGCCAACAUCGCAUCCGACAAGCAACCUUUCUCGAGAAGUGGAGUCCGUGGAUACAAUGGCAGGCGGAACGUACUCCGUGGCGGACAGUGCGAGAAUUUCCAACUCCCUUGACUCCCAUAUAUACGGACAGUCGGACAAUCCAACUUAUGGGUCUUCCGGGGUACCAGGUUGGUAUUCGAAUCAAACGGGUCAACACUUGCCCGGCGGAUAUGAGCAGCUCGCUGCAAAUGCAGCCGGAUAUGGGCCGAAUCCAUUGCAACAGGGUCCUGUCGGACAGGUGAAUGGUGUUCAGCCCACAUUUUAUGGGAACCAGACACAUCCAGGAUAUCAAAUCACGGGUCCGCACAUGGGCCAAAGUAUCUCCUCAUCUGCGUGGAGUAAUAAUCCAGGUACAUAUCAGGGACACCCAGGCAGUUAUAACAUGACGCAACAUGCACAAUCCUUCCAAAGAUUUUCUGCAGACCCUGCUGGGUUGCAUAACCAACAGCCACCAGCGUCGUGGUCAAUAACCAACAAUCCACAGGGCCAAAUGGCAAAUUCGAUGCGUGUAGCUCCCAAUUCCCAGCCGCGGUGGCAAGGCCAUCCGAACGCCCCUGGCGAGAGUGUCUCGAUAAGCUUACACCCGUCGACCCUGCCUAAGCCCUUCUUUGGGCCUUACUCAUCCAACCAGCACACGGAACAGUCGUCGCGAGAAUUCGAUCGCCGCGCCUCGAAUUUUUCUCUUGAUGGGGAAGGGCAACCCUACCAAACUUCUGUGGAUAGCUUCCCCAGCCAUUCAUCGCACUCUAUGCUUGACCAAGGUAGAUUCGGGCAAAGUCAACCAGACCCACGUUCCCAUCCGCAACAUUCUCACGCGGACCCUGCAUUGCAGGGAUUUUCACCACUGCAGCAUGUGCAGAGUCAAUAUCAACAGCAGCAUAUGAUACGAACACAGCCAGGACCACAUCAAGCCAUUCUUGCCCAGGGCCAGCAGCAAUAUCAUAACCCAUUGGCGCAACGGGUUUUACUGAAACAACACACGUUCACCAAGUUCCUUCUGACCGGUCAAGUCAUUGUCCCAAUCAUCUUGAACCUUCGCAGGGGAAGACAGGAAGAGUUUCAGAGUCACAAUUUGUCAGUGGACCGUGGACCUCGACACCGCCGUCUGCUGGGCAAUUCCAUCAUGGCCGUCCAUGCCCCGCUAAACUAUGCUGCCAUUGCUGAUGCAAUGGGACAAGGUGGCAGCGCUAGGGCUGUGAAGACUCAUUUCUACAAUCUGAAGGCCCGUCUAGAGGCAAACUCCGAGCAAUCCGAUACCCACGACAAGGCGGACAAGCCCACCGGCCGUGGCCGAAAGGCUCCUAGAACCCCUACUAAGCGCAAGGCGCCCUCAUCCAGCAAGCCUGAGAAUGAUUCCGCUGACAAGAGCCAGGAGGGGGAUGGGGGCGACUCCUGCGAGAGUCCCACUAAGCAGCCAGACUUUUCAAACAUUUUCAUUUUCAAGCAAACUUCGACUUCCUUCGCCCUUGCUAUCUUGAGAACGUCUAUUCUAUACGCGGACGGUGACGAUGGAGACAGGAAUGCAGACGGCAUCUGCCCGGACGCAGACGCAAUCUCAGCGUGGAAGAACACAAUCAACGCCCUUAUUUCUAAAGUGUACCCUUGA